GCGGCAAAAUUUGUAAACACCUACGCAGUGGCCCCCCUUUGCUUUGCUACAGAGAUCGCUGUUAGUGGUUUAAAUUAAUGUGUGCUUGUUAUCUGCAUAUUUAUUAUUUUCGAAGAUUUAUUAAGAACGCUGCGAAAUAAUACAUUACACAUGGAAUCAGCUAUAGAAAAGGCGAAAAAGACUGCAUGUGAUGCUAUUGACAGAGCUGCACCAGAACUGAAAGAGAUCAGUGGGAGUAUAUGGAGCAAUCCUGAGCUAGGACUUGAAGAAAAACACGCUCACAAACUUCUUACCACGUUCCUUGAGAAACAUGGUUUUCAGACUGAAAGGUCUUACAAAAUGGAAACUGCGUUCCGGGCAACAUUUAUUAGCACCUCAUCUACGCCAAAUAUUGCUUUCAUCAGCGAGUACGAUGCCUUACCGUCCAUUGGGCAUGCGUGCGGUCAUAACUUGAUAGCUGAGGUCGGGGUAGCAGCUGGUCUAGGGUUAAUGGCUGCGCUGCAAUCUUCCAAUGAUAUAAAAGGAAAGGUAACCGUACUAGGGACGCCAGCAGAGGAAGGCUACGGUGGCAAAAUAGAUUUGAUAAAUGCAGGUGCAUUUGAAGACAUUGAUAUUGCUAUGAUGGCACAUCCGUUCCCAGACAAUGACGUUUUGCCAAUUGCGCUUUCAAGAGAAACUAUACAGGUAACAUAUACCGGGAAAGCCUCACAUGCUGCAGGUUAUCCGUGGGAAGGGAUCAAUGCCCUGGACGCUGCAGUCAUGUGUUACAACAGCAUUGCCUGUCUCCGACAACAAAUGAAGCCAAACUGGCGCAUGCACUGUAUUAUAAAAGAAGGUGGCGUAAAAGUGAACAUCAUACCCGAGAAAGCCGUUCUACACAUCUCCUUCCGCGCGCCUACAGACGCUGAAAAGGAAACACUCAAGGCGAAAGUUGUAGAAAUAUACAAAGCAGCAGCGGCGGCAACUGGCUGUCAAGUUGAAGUUGGACUGGUCGGUCAACCAUUUUCUGCCGUGUUACACAAUAAAGUCAUGGCUGGCCUGUAUCAGUCAAACUUAGCAACUCUACAGACAGACGAUGUUCCCACCGUUAAAAGUGCAGUACUUGGUUCCACAGACAUGGGAAAUGUGUCCCAAAUAGUUCCAAGUAUACAUCCUAGCUUCUACAUUGGUGGUAGAGCGGUCAAUCAUACCCGAGAAUUUACUAAAGAAGCAGGUGACCCUAAAGCUCAGCAGUAUGCCUUGAUACAAGCAAAGGUCCUUGCAUCUUGUGCUAUAGAUAUCUUGAUGAACCCAGACAUACUAAAGAAUAUUAAAGAAGAAUUUUUGCUCAGAUAAAUCUUUGGACACGAAAAGAGUUACUUUUUAAUACAUGAAAACUGCAUGUUUUCCGAAUAAAGUGUGAAACGAC